AUGGGAGCUUCACAUUCGGUGAUCACAGCACUUCAGGCACUUUUAAAACAGCAUGAAUUAAAGCUUUCAAAAAGAACGUUAAAAAGGUUUAUUAUGGAAAUUGAUCGCAUCACUCCCUGGUUUGCAUGUUCAGGGUCGCUGAUGCUUGCUUCCUGGGAUAAGCUAGAAGCUGAUUUACGGAGGGCAGAAGAAAAUGGAAAGCUAAAAGCUGGAGCUAGGUCAUUGUGGAUUUUAGUAAAAUCUUGCUUAGAAGAUGAGAGAUGCCACCCAUCUGUAGCAGCUGGCCAAGGGGUGUUAGAGGAAUUACAAGACAGCAUGUCAGAAACAGAAGGGGAUAAAAGGUUGGGGGCCCUUAAGGAAAAAGAAAAAGACGCUCCUUCGCCUUAUGUUGAGAAACACGGUUUAGAUUCCUUCUUUUCAAAAAGGGAUAAAAGAAAGCUUUUACAGGCCUUCCCUGUAUUUGAGGCCGUGGAAAGAAACCGUGUUCAUGCACCGGUAGAAUAUCCCCUUGUUAAAGAACUUGCUGAAUCGGUUAACAAAUACGAGGUAGAUGCUAAUUUUACGAUCAUGCAGCUUGAAAGACUUGCUACCGUGGCCAUGACCCCAAAUGAUUGGCAAAAUACCAUAAAAGCUGCUCUCCCUAGUAUGGGACAGUGCUUAGAAUGGAAAGCCUUGUGGUAUGAUGCUUCCCAAACUCAGGCAAGGGCCAAUGCCCAUGCAGAAGACAAUCAGUGGCAAUGGACCUUUGAUUUGCUAACUGGGCAAGGCCAUUUUGUUCAUGAUCAGACAAAUUAUGAUUGGGGGGCAUAUGGUCAGAUCUCUGCUGCCACUAUUAGAGCAUGGAAAGCCCUUUCAAAGAAGGGCAAGGACAGAGGACACCUGACAAAGAUUAUACAAGGCCCUCAGGAGUCAUUCACAGAAUUUGUGGCCAGAAUGACCGAAGCAGCAGGUAGAAUAUUUGGAGAUCCAAAGUGAGUUAGGCCAAUGAUAGAACAGCUGGUAUAUGAAAAUGCUUCCCCAGAAUGUAAGACAGUCAUUACUCCUAGAAGGAACAAAGGGCUAACAGAUUGGAUAAAAGUUUGCUGAGGACUCGGAGGCCUGCUUACCAACGCCGGCCUGGCGGCAGCCAUAAUACAAAACAAGAACCACCCAAGUUCUGGAAACAAUAAAGUUUGUUUUAAUUGUGGCAAAAUGGGUCAUUUAAAAAGAGACUGUCGUGUGUCUGUGCAAAAGAAAGUUCCUGGACUUUGCCCUAAAUGUAGAAAAGGCAAUCACUGGGCUAAUGAACGCCAUUCAGUUAGAGAUAUUCAGGGAAAGCUUAUCCAGCAUGAACCCCCCCCCCUAAUGAGAGGAAUGAGAAUAUUCAAAAAAAACAGGUCUCGGGGCCCCAAGUCUCAGGGCCCCAAAAAAUAUGGGACACAGGCAGACAACAGGAGGGUUUAUCCAGCUGUUGAGCAACAAGAGGAUCAGCAGGGCUGGACCUCCGUUCCACCUCCCAAUUCUUAUUAA